ACAACCGCAAGAACGAUUACUUCGCCACGCGGAAUGCGAGUGUGUGACUAAUUCCUGAGGUCUGCCUCUCCUUUCCUAACCCGCGUCGCUAAUUCUCGUCGCGAACUUCUCGCCGGAGGAGCAGAGGAGCUCACAAGAGAAGGCCAUGGGGCCACCGCAGCCAGCCAAGGGCAUCAUCAGCAUCGAGGCCUGCGCGCGGCCGAUCGCCGUCGACCACCGCAUCAGCCUUCCCUACUACUUCCGCAUCGCGGGCACCCUCCUCCGCCAGGCCAAGAUAUAUCGAGAUGAGAAGAACAUCCUCGACCUGUAUGUCAUCCUCCUGAGAUAUACGAGCUUGCUGUGUGAGACCAUCCCCAAGCACCGUGACUACCCCGUAUUCAAGUUGAGGGAAGCAGAGUUCGUCAGAAACGCCAACUCCUCUACACUCAUUGAUGUUGUCAAUGAGCUUGAGUCUCUGAAGCCAGUUGUGAAGCGGCAGCUCGUUGAACAUAACAGAAGGGGUAGCCCGGAAGCUAAUGGUCUGAAUGGAACCCAUGCUGCAAGUUUAAGGACGGAGAAGCAUCCUCCAACCACAUAUUCCACACAGCCAUUUGUAGGUUCAUUGCAAAAAUUCUACCCAGACGGGAGGCAUCACGUGGCAUCAUGGACAAGUAUCCAAACUGAUAGGCAGAUCCGCAAACAUUUUAUAAGUGGAUAUUUGAAGUUUGGCACCACAUUAAUUGUUUCUGGUGAUUGGUCAUUCUACACUGUACACAUUUCGGAGUUGUUAAGCAGAGAUGACCCCUAAAAAUGUGUGAAGACAU